AGGGUUCCGCUGGUGUAAAUGCGGCUGUGCUGCCCGCGGCACGCAUGACUGCUACCAUGUGGUGAAAGUUGGGCUUGAAGGCGCACAUCAGCCCCUCGCUUCGCGCUUUGCUGUUGCGAUUUCCAGCACGAUCACGCCUGUUGGACCGACUCCCAUUCUGCGCGCGGGAUUUGGAUUGGGGAGAAAAUGUCCAGCAUCGCAUCAGACCAUAAUGACCAUUCUUCGGCAACAUCAUCAUCAUCGACAAGCGACGAGCACGACACGUCUCCUGCUGAAUAUGUUGACCCAGCGCCAGGCACCGAUGCCAACGGGUGGCGGAGCAGCGUUGCAGAUGUGAUUGAUCCGGUUGUCGCAGAGGAGGAGGAAGGAAGCAGCGGCGACUAUGGGCUUCAGGGCAAGGAUAAUCAUAUGUUUGUGAACGAAUUCGACGUUGUCACCAUCCACGGUCUUCACGGCCACCGUGAGACAACUUGGCAAGCGCGGGAUGAAUCGAAACGAGGGACAGUCCGUGGACUGAAGGAAUUCGAGCUCGAGCUGGACUUCCGUUUGAUGAAUUAUGGUUACGAUGCUUUCAAGACGCUCUCGAAAGAGGCCAUCACUACGGAGGCAUCAAAGUUACUGCGCACGGUUGCAGAGGCAAGGAAUGCAAAAGACAAGGAUUCGUUCCGCCCGAUCGUCUUCGUUUGCCAUGAUAUCGGAGGCACGAUUGUCAAACAAGUAACAAAUGCCCUUCACAUGGAAAGUGUCAGCCAAAUGACUGCUUCUAGGCUUUGUAUCAAUCCGUCAUGGAUCCAGGAUAUGCCGACAUCGCCGAGUCCACCAAAUGGAUUGUAUUCAACCCCUUGAGGCCAGUCAAUCUUAUGGUACUUGGCUAACGAACCGCGACUUAGAUAUUCAUCGGCUAUCCACACAGAUGGCAUAGCGUCUUCGAUAUGGAAGAGAAGAUUGCACGGCUUUUCUUCUCGGGUUCAAAAUUACCCAAGGGAAAUUCGCUGCUUCAGAUCAAAAGCCUCGCAAGGGCCGUCAUCGAUUGCAAUCUGGCUUUCGUGGAGUCCAAGACUCUUCUAAAGACGGAA